AAACAAAAUGUUGUUAUGUCUAGGAAAACAAACUUUGUUGCUCACUCUGAUCAUUUGCCUGCAGCUGUUGCAUGUGGCACAAAGUCAGUACAGGGACAAUGCCAAUCUGCUGUGCACCCAAAUGUUGAACACUCAGUUGCUUGAGAGAUGUUGUGGUGAUCUUAAGCCCAGUAAUUUGCCCUUUGUCCAAAGCAAAUGUGAGCAGUACAAGGACGACUUUGGCGCGUGUCGCUACGAGUGCAUAUUCAAUCACUGGCAUCUGCUGCAUCGCAACAAUUCGUUGAUUAUGUCAAAUGUUAGAUCCAUGGUCGAUCAGCUUUAUCCCAGGGAAAGUGGCUUUAAUAGCUAUAGUGUCAUGCUGCUCGAGUCCUUUGAGCAUUGCGAUUCCUUGAGCUCCACUUACACGGGUAUGAUGCGUAUGUAUGCUACACUUCCAGAUCCGGAGACGGGGGUGAAUAGCGCUGGUUUCAAGUGCAACAAGAAUGCCAUGUUAUAUGCCAAGUGUACCAUUGCCAACAUGUUUCUCAAUUGUCCCUCGGAUUUCUGGCAAGAGAGCCUUGAGGAUUGCGCUGCUAGCCGACGGCUGCUCUCCCAUUGCGUUCGAUUCCUCGAUGGCAUGGACGAUGUCAACAGUCGUGGCAAAUUACGAUCUCACAGUUCCUCUGCAAGCCACAAUCUAAAGAUUCGCAGUCUCCAGCCAUCCACACAUUGGUACACGGCCUUUAUUAAUUGGCUUGUGUUCUAGUCCUUAACCUCAAUCUCAAAACCGUAUUUCAUGUUAAGUUCCAGAUAAUAUAAUAUAUUAAUGAGUAAGUUAAACAAUCGCCACA